AUACACCAUUUUUAUUAUUUUGUACAUAACAUAAUGUUCAGUCGAUUAAAUCAAUCUAGUCUUGGACAUUUUGUUCCUAAAAGUACCCCUAGUCUUUUAAAACAUCAAUUUCAUGGAUCAGCCAUUACUUUUGCAAAGAAACAUCCUAAACAAGUUAAAAAAGAAAAUCUUGCUAAACGUGCUGCCAAACUAGCCGAGUAUGAGCGUACAAAGCCUUCACCCGUUGUGUCGAAAUCAGCACCAUUCUUUGAUUCUCUCAUUACACCUGCUGCAGCCUAUCAACAACAACAACAAGGUUAUCAACAUUUUUUAACAAAGAAUGAUGAGCAGGUUCUGUUUGAAGAGAUGCCCAAGAAGCUUAUUGAACAAAAUCACAUGGCUGCGAUAGACGGUAUGGAAGAAGCUGUUAAGGCUGAACAAAAAAAAGUAGCCAUGUUUCAAAAAAUCAUUGGUCUCCAAAAUGCGAAUGCCAAGGCAAUACAGAUUUGGAAUGUUCAUCAAGCUAUUGAUUGGUUUAAGAGAAAAGAAGGUGAUACGGGUAGCCCUGAAGUCCAAGCUGCUAUUUUAACCGUCCGUAUACAUAAUUUAAAUUCACAUUUAAAUCAACAUCGUAAAGAUAAACAUAACUAUAAACAGCUACGUACUAUGGUUCAUCAACGAGCAAGAAUUCUUAAAUAUCUUAAAUCAAAAGAUGCUACUAGAUAUUAUAAAUGCUUAAAUAACUUGGGCUUAGAGCCUAGAGCUGUUGAAGGUGAAAUCACUAUGUAAAAAAAAAAAAAAAAAAAAAAA